CCCACCACAGGCUGGCCUCGUUCCCUCCGGCCAGCCCCUGGGUGGGCAGGAGCAAGCACAGCCAGUGCCAAUGCAGGGCUCAAGCUGGCUCCAGAGGGCAGGACUGAUCUGAGCACCCGAUCAGCAGCUAGAGAGAGCUGGCAGGACAGGACCCACUGUACCCUUACUGCCUGGCAAUGGCAAGGUGAAACCUGCUCUUGUGCCCAAGGGUCAGGACAUGCUGGAGAUGGGAGCAUCACCUGCCAUCUGCCAUGGGCUCCCUCAGUCACCCUUAGCAAUUACUGCAUCCCUACCUCAGUUUCCCCUCCAGAUAGUUCCUAUCCCCACCACAGAUUGCUGUGGUGGGGAUAGGGCAGGAGCUAGGUAAUUGCAGGAGGUCUCAGAGCUGGUAGAGAGGAUGGACAUGAACCAGAGUGACUGCUCUAAGGGGCUGAUGUGGCUCAGCCCUGGCCACUUGCAUGGUCCCCCUGCCAUGAACCCAGGCCCUCAGAGGUGCUUUCAGGAGCAGGGCCAGUGCCCAUGGCCAGGAGGCCACCCUAUCCCAGUAGGCAGUGGCAAGACCCUGGGCUAAAGCACUGGCCUAACCAAACUCUGCCUUGAUGCAAGAUUCAGCCCUGGCCAGGCAGACCCCCAGAGUCAGGGAAACCCCAGCUGGGAGGGGAGCAAUGGGGACCCUCCCAUACGCAGCACCCUCUUUGCCCAUGUCCUCGCCCUCUUUGGACACCCCAGUGCGCACAGGGAACUGCCCAGUCCCUGACUUGCUCGUUGGGUCUCAUCCAAGACUACAUUCAUUCAGGACUGGGCAAUUAGACCUGGAAGGGGCCAAUGCUGUCACCUAACACUCACACAAAUUAUCCCUGCUCUUGUAUAACCUGUUGCAUAAAGCAGGGGUUUGCAGGGGGAGGUGCUGGUAGAGGGGUAUAAAGGUGGGUAUGGGAAGAGGCAGGUCCAUCCAGCCCACAUUCAGCUUCCUGAGCGAGGAUGAAGGCUGUGCGGUCAAGCUUGGUAUUAGCCCUGCUCUGCCUGCUACAGGUGCAGGCUGAGAUCCCUGUGCAGCUGGGCUUCGACCCUGAGAAGUUUGUAGGGACAUGGCACGUCAUGGCUGCUGUUUCCAACUGCCCUGUGUUCCUGAGCAUGAAGGAUAAGAUGAAGUCGUCCAUCACCGUCUUUAGCUUCACACCUGAGGGCAACCUCGCUAUGAAAGCAUUUUUCCCUGUGGCAGAUGAAUGCAAAAAAGCUGAGCUUCUCUUCCAGCAACAUGAGCAGGCAGGGCACUACACCAGCACAGCAGCAGAAGGAAAGCAGGACCUGCGUGUGAUGGAGACCGACUAUGAUCACUACGCAAUUGUGUACAUUAUCAGGAAGAAUGACAGGGAGCCCAGCAACACACUGCAGCUCUACACCCGGGGGCAGGAUGUGAGUCCCCAGCUCCUGAAGAAGUUUAAGGAGCUCUAUCCCACCAUGGGCUUUACUGAGGACAUGCUGGUGGUCAUGCCAAAGUCAGAUGAGUGCAUCCAGGCUGCCAGCAGCUGAAGGUAGAUGAAUGCCCUCCAGACCUUGUGGAAACUAGGCUCUGCUCCGCUCCUCCAUGGUGCCCUUUCCCUUCCUCCCUGGCUGAGGUCUGCCAGACCUGCUGCUCCCAUCUGGAACACACUCCUCUCUCCUAAAUAAACAGAUUCAGAAGCUUU